AUGUUCUGCCCCAUCAGAGAGGGCUUGCAGAUCCCGGAGGCUCACUUUGUCUCGGGGACGGCGGCACUUGCGGAGACCUGCAAGACGGUGGUGAUCCCGGACCUCCACCGCGUGGCCGCUGCCCUCAAGGUGCCCUUCGACCACGUGGACAAGCCCGCGGCCAUGGUGGCCGUCUUCGCGCCAGGCGCGGCUUCGGCGUCUGCGGAGAUGGUUGCCCCGAGUGCCCUGGCACGCGCCUUCCAUGAGAAGUUGGUGCGGCGCAUCGGGUCCUGGCGCUCGGGGUGGUUGGACGUGGCCUGGUGCGGAGCGGUGACAGGGGCCAUGAUGGACCUGCCAGGUGGCGGCCGCAGACCUAUGGCUGCAGUGCUGCAGCUGGGGCGCCGGGUGGUGGCAGCCUCCUUUGACGCGGCGAUGGCAAUUCUCGAGAGCGGGGAGGCAGUACAGCAGAUGGAUCUGCAGGGCUACAAGUGCUGCUUCCAGGUACUACCGAAGGAUUCCCAGGAUUCCGUGCUGGUCACGGGCCUCGUGGCGGGUGCGGACCUCGAGCAACACGCUCUUUCCACGGCCCUCAGCCGGUCCGCCUAUGGCGCGGCGAGGCCGCGCGCCUCGGCCUUGGCCCUGGCACGGCUCGCCAAGGGUGAGGCGCCCAAUGUGGCAGCUGCCUGGGCGCGCCUGAGCCUGGAGGGCGACAAGUUCUCCGUCGCCCCACAGCAGAAGGAGAAGCUGAACAAGGUCCGCGUGCGCCAGAUCUUGAUCAGAUAUUGGACGGGCAAGGGGCCGCAGCCGCUGAACCCGGUGGCGCGGCGGCCGGUGGCCCGAAAGCUGCACGAGGCGGAGCUGGAACUUCUGGAGAGAUCCUGGACCAGCUGCUGUCGGAGAGCUGUCGGAACUUCCCACAGCUGUGCAAGGCCUCCUCAGAGUGCGGUUCCGCCAUGCGCGGGGGCGCGGAUAACGGCGACCUGGGCUGGCUGGACGGGCGAAGGUGGCGGCGCUGGCCAAGGCCAAGGGCCUGACUUCGGGCGGCCCCAAGUCGGUCGUGCAGUUGAGCGUGCCGGUGGCGGUGGUGAAAACCGCCUUCGGCCUGGAGAAGGGGGAGCUGAGCGAUGUGGAGUCGUCUCAGAGAUCGGCGUGCAUUUGGUUCAACGCACAGGUUAG